AUGAGCGCUCCCGACGUCGCAGCUCCACGCCACGCGGCGCCGACUGUCCAGGCUCAGGGUGUCGCAUCGGCAUCGGCGACGGCAUUGCAGCAGGCCGGUCGCGCCGAUGCGUCGGCCAAGGCAGCGUCGGAUGCCAAGCCCGAGCGCCAGGACGGCUCCUCGGAGCAGCCGGCGGUCAAGCGUAAGCGGCCACAAUCGUGCGACACGUGCCGAUCGCGCAAGAUCAAGUGCGUUCGCCUCCAAGUCGAGGGCCUCGAGCCGGGGGCGGAUCAGCGCUGCGUACAGUGUCGCGCCAUCGAGGCCAAGUGCACGUUCGACUACAUCCCCAAGCGACCUGGCCCGCAGAGCUCGUUUGCCCGCACCGCCAAGCGCGAGCAGCAGGCGCUGGCGCAGGCCCAGGCCCAGGCGCGAGCUGCCGCAGCGCUUGGCCAGUCGCGCGGCAAGGCCGUCCCCGCCAAGCUCCUGCCCUCUCCAUCGACCGAUGUGCCUCCGUUUUCGGCCGGCGGCAACAUCAACAAUAACGGCCUCAACAGCAACGGCAACGGCGGCGGCAACGAUCACGAUGGCGGCGGCAUCAGCAGCUACAGCGCUGCGCAGAUCGCCGACGGCUUCGACGAGGCCUGGUACAAGGCCUUUUCCCAGUCGCUGCAGGGGCCCGUGCCGCCCCCGCCCGCGUUUGGCAGCCACGUCCGCGCCUCGCCGCUCAGCAGCGGCAGCCACGACUUUUUCGCGACGGGCCGCCAUGCGCUCGAUAUGUCGCUGUCGCCGUUCGGUUCAGUGGCGCCGGCGCUCAAUUCGGCGGGCGACUUGACUGGCUCUGGCUCGAUGGCGGGUCAGCAGUCCUCUGCCUCGAGUGGCGACGUCCAGAUGGCCCAGCUUGAUCGGCGCUGGUCGGAUCUGUCUGGGUUCGACGGCGCCGCUGCGGCUUCCUCUGCCUCUGCCCCGUCUCGGGGCGCCGCAGGUGGUGCCGCUGAGCUCGUCCAGCUCUACGCACAGCAGCACUCGCAGAGCCACGCCCAGCCUCAGCACCACCUCCAGCAACAGCCGUCGCAGCAGCAGCAGCCUCAGCGAGCCGCGGACAUCGGCAUGUUCCUACAGCCCAGCGGCGCUGCCGCCGCCGCUUCGUCGCAGGUCAAGUCGGUGCCGCUGCAGGUGCCCCUGCCUCCGGACUCGCGCGGCCAGUCGCCCAACUCGGCCGCCAUGGCCAGCUCGGUCCUGCCGCUGCAGUCGCCUGCAUCGUACUCGGAGAGCGCCGCCAGCGGUCCGCUGCGCCCGCGCUCGUACAGCGGCAAGCGCAAGGCGAGGGGCCACUCGUCGCUAAGCAAGGUGUAUGCCGGCCCCGUGAUGCGGCCGCGCUCGCUCGACGACAUUGCGCCGAGGCAGACGUUCCUCUCGGUGCUGGCGCUCUACUUCCACUACCUCUGGCCCUUGAUGCCCAUCGUCGACCGGCCCUCGUUCAGCCUCGACCUCAUCACGCGCCGCGACGCCCGCGACGAGACCUUCCUGGCGUUUGUGCUGAGCCUGACGGCGUAUACGCUGAUCCAGUGCCCGCGCACGGUGAUCCCGGCGCCCUGGUCCCUCUUUCGCAAGCUGCACCGCAUCUGCCAUCGCACCUCGCGCCGGAUGCAGCCGCGGCGGUACGACCCCCCGCAGCUGCUCCACGUCGCCACGCUCUACUGCGACCACAUCUACCUCGGCACCGUCGGUCAAAACAAUGCGGCCAAUGCCGCGCUCGGCGAGGCGGUGCGCGUCGCCUAUACGCUCGGUAUCCACGACGAGCGUCGUCUCGACCCGCACAGCGCUCGCAACGCCUUUGGCUUCGGGCUGGGCGGCGGCGGCGGUGGCGGUGGCGGUCCCGGUGGCGGCGGCAGUGUGCCUCGACGCCCUGUCAACGCCGUCGAGCGCGAGCUGCGCAAGCGCCUCUUCUGGCUGCUGCACGGCAGCUCGACGACGAUUGCGGUGCUGCAGGACGAGCCAAUGUUCAUCCGCGACAUCGAUACCUGCGUCGACCUGCCGCUCGCCGUCGACGAGGAGACGCUGACCUCGCCGCACCUCGAGCAGCGCGGGCCGAGCCUGCUGUGCGGCUUCGUCACCGUCAGCCGCCUCCACCAGCUGCUGAGCGAGCUGCUCGAGAUGUACCGCCGCGACCGCCGCUUCCCGCCCAACGACCUCCCGACAGCCAAGUCGCGCCUGGGCUACAUCGCCAACAUCCUCAAGCGGGUGCGCAAGACGCUGGCCGACAUGCCCGAGCAGCUUCGCAAGCCGCAGUUCACCCACCAGCCGCCGCCCUCGUCGCGCCCGGCGGGCGUCGGCCUGCCGGAUGUCGGGUCGCGGCUGACGAUGCUCGGCGGCGGUCCCUUCGACCAGCAGCAGCAGCAGCAGCACUCGCAGCAGAAGCAGCAACAUCAACUACAACAACAGCAGCGCAUGCCGCUGCAGGCGAUCGGGAUGUCCAGGCCCCUCUCGCCGAGCCUGUUUGGCGGCAAGAGCGCCAGCAGCGUCCACAACGGCAGCGAGCCGGCGUGGCCGUGGCCUGCCGAUGCUUUCGACAAGGACGGGCUGCCCAACGCCGAGGCGACGUCCAACAACUCGUCGGCCAACCACUCGCCGCGCGCGCAGAGCGUGCAGAGCGUGCCGACGUCGGGGCCCGGGUCGCUGAGCGAGGGCUAUCCGGGCAUGUCGGCGGCGGCCUCGGUGGUGGCCUCGUCGCAGUGGCAGCAGCCGGGCGGCAUCGGCGGCGGCGGCUACAACGGCCCCGUCACGACUUCGAGCGAGCAGUGGAACCCGUUCGAGGAGCUGUACGGCAACGCACCGGGCGCGGCGAGCAAGACGGGCUUCUCGACGCCGAGCAUGGCCAUGGACAUUGAGCCGCGCCCCGAGAGCGAGACAGACCCCGCGGUGACGGCCAUGGCCAUGGAUCAGGUCAACGCGUUCCGUCCCUCGCCGCCGCCGCAGCCGGAGCGGGAGCGGGAGCGGGAGCCGAUCCUCUCGCCGCUCUGCACGCUGCACGCCAACGUGAUUGUGACCGAGGCCAUGGUCCGCUUCGUCAUGGUCGAGUAUCGCGAGCUCAUCGGCGCGCGCGUGGCCGACCUGCGCGCACGCGGCCAGGUCGACUUUGACGGCGGCCUCGGCGGCGGCAACCGUCCGGGCGAGGCGGGUGCGUUUGGCUACAACGAGAGCGAAGAUGGCUGGGAGGCGGCGGCCAAGGACAUGCUCGACGUGCUGCACGGCAUGCCGCUCGAGGCGCUCGCCAGCAACGGCCAGUCGAUGACGUCCAAGAUCAUCUACGUCGUCUCGAGCUUGCUCAACCGGACGGCGACCAACACGCGGGGCUACUCGUACAUGACGAGCUUCCUGCAGAUGCUGACGAGGCUGUCGCAGGACCGCGGUCCGAACGAGGAGGAGCACAACGAGGACCUCGAGUCGUCUGACGACGACGACGGCGACGACGUCGCCAUGCCCUACUUCCACGCCGAGCCCGGCGGUUCGGAGCCCAAGCGGGCGGCGACGGGCGGCGGGAUCGGGUCGGACGCCGGCGCCUCUGAGCUGCAGCAGCCUGGCCAGCAUGGGCCGGGGCAGCAGCAGCAGCAGUUGCAGCCGCCGCCAGCGUCAAAUCUCGCACCUUCGGCGAUGGGGCCCACCAGCCCGUCCAAGGCCAUGGCGAACGCAAGCAGCGGCAGCGUGACGCACCCAGGGGCGUCGGAGUCGCAGUCGCAGUCGCAGCGGGCAGCUGCGGCGGGAGGGGGACGACACCGGGCGCCGUCGUCAACCAGCUGCAGCGCCCGCCCGCUGAUGCCGCCUCGAUCGGCGUCGGCUUCGGCGGCAGGGGGACCAGCCAUGGCGGUUGCGCAGACGCCCAACGAUUGUUGA